CUUCUGUUUUGGAGUGUUCCCAUCGGCAGCGCUGUUUGCGGCGUUGCGCGUGUUCUUCUACAUAACUCUAAUACCGCAUCCAUUCUUCAUCCCGGAACUUCCCAAAAUCGCAAACCUCUGAAUUUGUUUGUUUCGUUGGAUUGCCCAGGCUUGGCCUAUGGCUUAAGACUUCGAUAAAAUUCCUGAGGGGAUCUUCUUGAACUAGAACUAGUCAGAUUACUCAGAAGAAGAAAGCAAAUCUGCUCUGCAGGGAGCUUUGUCAUCUUGAUAUUCUGGAUCUUUCUCAAGCUUUCCCUCACACCACUUGUCGCUACUUUGGUAUUUAUUGUGAAAAGCAUAAAGAUGGGUGCUUUUUGCUGCUGUCCAUGUGAUGGAGAAUUUGAAGAAUAUGCUCUUCCAGGCAAUACGAUAUACAGGCAUUGCCUUUGCCUGAGAUACUUUUUCCACCAGCUAUUUAGUGGGUAUGGUGCAAUGUUUCAUAGACUUGAAGGACAGUCACUAUCUUCACCAAUCCAAGGAGCUUCUUUUACACCAUCAGGGGUGGGCACAUCAUUACCUGAUAAUUCCUCAAAUGAUAUUCAUCUCUCUGUUUCCAGACCAGUGCCUUCUGAUUCUGAUCAGAGGUACUCUCGUCUGCAACGUGAUGGCUUGGUCUCUCGGCGUGAUAAGUCAGUGACUCAUUUCCAAGAAGAUGCUCAACCACUGAGGAGAAAUAUGAGUAGUUCUGGUACGGAGUCAUUGGACUUUAGGAAGAAAUUGAAUGGAGUUGAAACUGAAGAAGAUGGUAAACCUGGCCAUCCUGAGUCCUCAGAGAAGGCUUCGACAGCAAAAAUUGCUUAUGGACUAACUUAUACGCAGCCAUCUUCUGAAGAUGAAGAUAUCUGUCCUACAUGUCUCGAUGAAUAUACUCCAGAAAAUCCUAAAAUAACAACUCGAUGUUCUCACCAUUUUCACCUUGGUUGUAUUUAUGAAUGGAUGGAAAGAAGUGGAAGUUGUCCAAUCUGUGGCAAGGAGAUGGAGUUCUGUGAAAGCCCUUAAGUUCGUGUAUGAUUUCAAAGCAAUAGAGUAAAUAUGUACAACGGCCAUGAGCAUCUGUAAAUUCAAGUUCAUCUCGUUCAAACCAAGCUUGCACAGGAGAAAGCGAUCGUUCGUUUUCCUUUGCUAGUUUGUUUUACCUCAUAAACCUUGAUCUUCCACUUACGUUUUGAUGCUUCAAUGUGUAUGUUUCUUCUUGUAUGGUGAACUUCCGAUAAAUAUUAAAAUCAUAUUUGCUGAUAAUAUACAUAAUUAUGAUGGAAUCAUCUUAUCGAUA